ACACUGAGAGUCCGAGCUGACGUCAGACAGACGCACCUUAAAACCAAAGAGCGCAUCACAAGGAGAUGCGCGGUUUGAUCGGGCACACAUAAACUCACUUUGGAUUUUUAGACAGCAGGGACAGUCUCAGCUGAAGCAGGUUAACGAGGCGGAGCUGUAUGGGAUGCGUGGAAUCACUUUUGAAGAUUAUUGAUUGUUGCGCGUGUCAUGAAAGGGCUGCGGAAGAUGCCGUGCCUCUAUUUGGAUUAGGUCGCAGAUUAUGUCAAAUAAAAGAAUAAGUAAAGUUGACUUGUAGAAAAACUUUGAAGUAACCUACUGUCGGUGGAAGAAGUUCGGCACGGAUGCUGUUGGAAGUCUCCCGUGUCUGCGCUCCUGCUUCCGUUUCUUUGAUCUCAUUUGAGCCAUGGCUUACACCCAGCUGGGAUACUCCUACCCCACCACGCCGCAGUUUUUGAUGGCCUCCAGCUCUCUGCCCAGUUAUCUGGAGCCGGGAACACCUCCGUCACACCCGGGCCAUCAGCUCAACUCAAGCACCGGCAUAGGAGUCUACAGCAGCCCAUAUGCAAAGAACCAAAGUUACUACAAUACCUGCGCAAGCGACGCCACCGCUCUUUAUACCAGAGGAGCAUCAGAUCCUAAGGACGGAGCUGCAUCUGUGCAUGGAACAUCUCAGACCUCUGCCUACUAUCCUUAUGAACACACUUUCGAACAGUAUCCCUAUGACAGAUAUGGGUAUUCUUGCUCUGAUGGUGCUUCCCGUCGUAAAAACGCUACCCGAGAAACCACAAGCACACUUAAAGCUUGGCUGCAGGAACACCAGAAGAAUCCCUAUCCCACAAAGGGAGAGAAGAUAAUGCUUGCUAUCAUUACCAGGAUGACCCUUACACAGGUGUCCACUUGGUUUGCCAAUGCACGCAGGAGGCUGAAGAAGGAGAACAAGGUGACUUGGUCACCGCGGGCUUGUAAAAGUUCUGAUGACCGAGGCUGUGAUGAUGACAGUGACGAAGCUGAGAAGCCUCUAAAAAUGGACAAAGACCUUCCUGAUCAACAUUGUGCAGACAUGCAGAGUGACCUGGAGGACUUUGAUCUGCUGGAAUCAGACGGUUCUGACUGUGAACGGAAGACACAGUUUCUACCUAAGGACAAGAAUGCAAACCCAAACACAGACCCCCCACAUGGGCACUUCACACACAACCCUGACAUGCUGCUCAGAAAAGAGGGAUUGUCUCCAGACUGCCCUGAACUCACACCGGUCCAGCAGCAAAAAAAUGCCCUUUAUCCUAAUCCAGACCCUCGAAGUACGGACACCAAGCCCAAAAUCUGGUCAAUUGCUCACACUGCUGUGUCUUUGGAUGGCAGGAUGCAUCCAGAAUAUCCCGCCUGUAUGUUGUCAUCGACCAUCAUCGGGUCCUCUGGUGCUGGGUAUCCAUCAAACAUUGCACUAACCAAGGCAGACAGGCAACAGGAAUCACCAGUAGCGUCACUCAAAGAAUGGGUGGAUGGAGUUUUCCAUGGUCCUUCUUUCCAUCAGUCCAAACCAGCUGACGUGUGGAAAGGUUUACAUGAUUCUGACAGCACAACACCUGGACAAUCCUUUGAAGUUGUUAGGGCUAUGCCUUUGUAGUCCAACACAUACUUAGAGGAACAUAUAAGAGACUACUGGACUUGGGACAGAAAGUCUAUAUUUUGUGUUGUGGCUUUGCCAGUUGACCGUUCAUUAAGAGCCAACCCCCGUUUGUUAAUAUUGGCUAAUAUGUCUGUCCAUCUUCCAAUCCUAACAUUAAUUUUACAGUAAAAAAUGGUAGAUUAGACAAAAACAGAGUUCUUGUUUCUGGCCAAUAAUUGUCUAUUUUUCCUGCUGCUAUGGUCUCUGUGUGUGGCAGAAUUUACAAGCUCCAGCUAGCUUGCUAAUUUAGUUACCAUGUAACUAAGAAAUUGCUUUUUUUCCAGUUGAGAUGAGGUCUUAAAUGUGCAUUUGAUGCUGAAACACCUAGUGUUGUGUAAAAAGACUCAUACUAGAACUUCGUGUCCCAGGCAAGAAGAAGCAGGUUAGUAUUCACCGAGACUUUGAUGAUCAGUUUAGGGGACAUCAAGGCUUUAAUGAUGAGAAAUGACUGAUGAAUUAUGUCGAAUCUCUCGCUCUCUCAACAUCCUGAGAUUAAACCUCAUCCAGAAAGACAAGGACAUAAAAACAACCCAACAGAAUAAUGUGGAGUGAAUUGGCCAGUUGUUAAUCUGGACUGCACAUAAAAGUAGUAACGUAUUGUUACUGAGCAGGUUGUUAUGAACGAUUGGAAUCAAGACAGGGUGAGCAAGACCCAGACACAAAGUGGAGGGGUCUUGUCUUACCCGGAACAGGUUUCUCUGCUAUAACAGCCCACUCACUAUACAUUAUCCCAAUUAUUAGCUUGCAGCUUUCUUAAGAAAUUAUUAAUUUCAGAUUAAUUUUAAUUUAAAAAUGAGAUUUUUUAACAUUAAAAGUAGUCUUUACUUAGAGUUUGAGCUGUAUGUCUUAACUCUGUGGCCCUUAUGAGUUAAUUUAGCUGGUAUUAAAGUGAUCAUUUAUUAAAGAGAGCUAAUGUGGCUGUUGUUACUCAUAGUAAACUCAGCAUUCCAACUAAUGACAAUGUAUAGCAUGGUGAACUGGGCAACAACAACUAAUUAAGUUCUUCUGCCUUGCCACUGUCAGUUUGCCAUUUUCUAUUCUGAUUAUCAAUUCUUCAACACCACCUUUUCCCAUAUCAAAUUAUAUUAGUUAUUAACUUCAUGAGCCAUCUUUAAUUUUGUAGAUUUAUCCGUCAUAGCCCCCAGUUUUUUUGUCUUUAACUUUUAAUCAUCCUUUUCUCUACCUUCUUUGUCUUUAUUAUUGGUUUUCCCACUGUAGAAAAUGGAAACUUUCAGCAGACUGAUGUUAGUUAGUUAGUUAGUUAGUUAGUUGGUUAGUUGGUUAGUUGGUUAGUUGGUUAGUUGGUUAGUUGGUUAGUUAGUUAGUUAGUUAGUUAGUUAGUAUGCUGGAGUCUGUAAUUACAGCCAUAUCUAUUUGGAAAAAUUGGAAAUAUCACCAACCUCUAAACUCUAAAGACGGCAUUAUUUGAGAAAUCCGCAGUUUGGCAGACCUUUUGGCUAAGCAAUAAUUGAACAGUGGUAGUUUGGGGGUAGGUAUUUAGCAAACAGUUAAUCAACAAUACAAGAUUUGGUACCUGGAUUGUCCUUACACUCAACUUUCAAACUUUCAUGGGCCCUGUUAUUGAUCAAUUGUUUUACAGCUAAAGAGUGUCACUACAUGUAUUCCUUCAGCAAGGCUGUAUGGUUCCACAUAUGAAAAAUAUACAAUAUUGUACCCAUGCACUAUAGUCUGCACUUGCACUGAGCCACACAAAUAAAAGAUAUAACAUUCAUAGCA